AUGUCUCCCUCCUCCCCCGCCGACCGCCUUCCCCCUGCGGCGGCGGCGACAGCAGCAGCAGCAGCUGGCUCGAGAAAGCGAAACACUCCGUCUCGUCGCCGUCCCCAGUCCCAGUCCCAGUCCCAGUCUCUGUCACUGUCUCUGUCAUCGCAGCAGAGCCAUACCCCCGCUCCUCCCCGCCAGCCCAGCACUGGUCAUGUGCCGAGCCAUCUCGCUCCCCCUUGGCCCUUCGAUCCCCAGGAAACUGCGCUAAUCCGCGCCGGAUAUCGCCCGGCCUACAAACCGAAACCUAUCGCCGCGGCUACCCAUCCAACGGACAUAACCACCACGGCUGCUGCUGCUGCUACUGAUCCCACUACUGCUCCCUCUAAACGACCCAGAAAGAUGGCGGAACCUCGAGCCCGUGCCGCCCGGCACAAGGGGCAGAUGAACUUUUCGUCAGAACUGCGCCUCCUCCUCCUCGCCUACGGCGACCCCCGCCCCCACCCCUCCUUCACAGCCGAACCCCUCCCGGAAACCAUCCGCGUGCUGGACGAGAUCGUCACCGACUUCGUGCUGGAGAUGUGCCACGGCGCAGCGCAAUACGCCAGCUACUCGCGCCGCCAGAAGAUCAAGGUCGAUGAUUUCCGGUUCGCGCUGCGUCGGGAUCCGAAUAAGUUGGGCCGUGUACAGGAGUUGCUGCGCAUGGAGCGAGAGUUGAAGGAGGCCCGGAAGGCGUUCGAUCAGAAUGAUGACCAGGUGGGCAAUCUCAAGGAUGCGGGUAAGAAGGGGCUUGAGGAGGCCGGCGAGAGUGUCGAUGGGAAGAAGGGGAAGGGGAAGGGGAAGAGGAAUGCUAGGAGGGAUUCCGAUGCUACCGAGGAUAAUACGGUGCCGAAGAAGAGGAAGGUUGGGGCGUGAGGGUGGCGUGGCUUGUUUUCGGUCUUUCUCUGGAGCUUGUUUUUACUCGUUCACUCACUUUAAUCACUGGCGUUACGGGCUGGGCUGGGCUGGGGGACUGGGUUUCCGGGCUUUGUAUGUACCUUAUCUGUCAUGCGUGAUAUCCU